UUUUUUCUUCUCCUAGUGCUGGGCUGAUGAAACACUGCUGCUCACGGACAGACAUUAAAUACCCCUCUUCUUGUUAAGCUGCAUCUAAGCCACUUACUGUUCAGUGUUCGUGUGUGUGUGUCGUGCGUGAAUAGUGGUGAUUGCGCAAAAAAAAACAGCACACACAGUUCGCAAACAGGAACUCGCACUGUUUGUGUGCCUAGCAUAGUUUGCCUGUGAAGUGUAGCGAGAUUACAGUGCGAUUACUCACACAGCACAAAUGGUGCCACCGAUUGGAGCAGACACAGGCCACGGGAGGAGAUUAUAAUCCAAGCGCAAGAAAGAAAGUGCAAACUCAAGGCUUUGCGGCAGAGAGCGGACUGCUUUCAUCGUUCGCAGUCGCAGUUUGCGUUGGUGCUUCCGACACGAGACACGCGGAACGACGCAAUUAGACGCGACGAUCGACGACGACGACAACAACAACGACAGCGCCAUCAUCGCCCGAUGGCAGUUUGCACCAGCAGCAGCAUGACGUCCGACUCUGGUGGUGCGCCGGAAAACUUCCACAUUACCUACUCGCACGACGGAGACGACGUGGAUGAGGAAGCGACGGACGUCGUGCGGGACGGCGAUCUGCUCUCCACGUCCAGCUUCCAGAUCGGAGGCAUCGUCGUCGGGGGAGAAGGUACGCUGCGCUGCCCUCUGUGCGGUGCCCACCGUCGCCAGUUUCACUGCAAAUCGUGCAUCCGCCAUGGGGACUUUCUGCACACCGCCGUGUACUGUCAGCUGCCGGAGCGGUUCGGCGAGAAGCAGCAGCGGCUGCGGAAUCUCCGCACGGCCAACGCGACCCUCGAAAGCAAGGGCUCGCUGAUGCUGGAAAAGCUGCACCAGGCGGGCCGGUUGGCGGGCGAGAUUAAGCAGCGCUCGGACAAGGCGAACAUCAUACGCAAAACGAUCGAGCUGAAGCGCAUCGCCAUCGAGGAGCUGCGGCUGAAGCAGCGCCAUCUCGGUGACGCCAUCCGCAAGCUGCGCAUCACGCUGCCACGGUACGACGAUAAGGUGAAGACGCUCAGCGAGUUCGUGGCGGGCAAGCUGGAGGAGAGCGAGUAUCGGAAGGCGCGGCUGGCGGCGGUGCAGGAGCGCUUGCGGCAGCGGAAGCGCGACCAGGUGCAGCAGCUCGUGCGGAUCAUCUUCCCGAUCACGCAAACGAUCACCAGUCGGAGCAGCUUGGCGGGCAGCAGCAGUACGGCGAGCAGCGGAAGCUCGGCCUGCGGUGGUGGUGGUGGUGGCGGACCAAAUAACACCCGCAGUACGAUAAACGAAAUCUCGGAAGCGACCCGUACGGCGUACGUCCGGGGGCAGUGGAUUUUGCAGGACAGCUUCGGCGAGGUGCAGCAUGUGAUCGUUGCCCCUGCCCUGCCCGGCACCGGCAACUACUCCGCGUACAACGAGUGGGCAACGGGCGGUGGCGAUGGUGGUGGUGGUACGGUGGCUAGCGCUUCUUCGACGGCUGCUUCCACCAUGGAAGCGUCCGCAUCGCCAGCCAAAGUCGGUAGCCACAAUCCGGCACACACCAUCGCGGCGGCCCUAACGUACACGAGCCAGCUGGUGGCGCUGCUUGGCUACUAUCUGGACGUUCGGUUACCGUAUCGCGUGUCGUACGCGGACUUUUGCACGACCACACUGUCCGAGGCACAGUUUGCGCGGAAAGUGGCCCGCCUGAACGCGGACAUUGUGUUCCUGUGCCACACACAAGGCUGUCGCUUGAACGACAUGAACCCGACCCACACGCUGGAGAAUCUGCUCUGUCUGGUAAAGUCGCCCGAGCUGGGCCACUGUGGACCGACCGAUCGGAACAGCUGCCUGUCCGACUCUAUGGAACAGCUGCUGAUGCAGAACAUCGGCGAGGAUUCCGACUCGGAAGAUGAAACAACGCUGCACCAGGAAUGGGAAGCCGUACCGAGCAACCUUUCGCCGGUGACGACCGAACCACCGUACCCACCGAUGAUGGCACUGGACCAGAGGCGCACCACGAUUGGCCAUACCGGGCUGCACUACCACCAUCUCCAGCAGCCGACGGGUGCGGCCGCGACCAGCCUCAUGACCAGUGCCUUCGCUUCGGUCAGCUCUUUCUGGAAGGGUUGGACGGGGAAGUAAAACGAAUCUUGAUCGCCAGACGCCAGACCUUCAUCGUCGACUCAUUCCUGUACACGGGCAGCUGCUGUACACACACACACACACCUUCACACAAAGCGGAAGAAACACUUUUUGACAAUUGUUCUGCUUCUGAUAUGUGAUAAAGCACAAAACCAAACGGAGAAACGGAGAACGUUGUCCGAUCAUACCCCGAUUGUAGCCAUUUUUUUAUAGUAGAAAAUAGCAACACAAACAAACACUGCGUGAAGCUUCCAGAGAAAAUAGGAAUCAAGUCGAGACAGCAAACUGUCUCGAGAAAAUAAGGUACAAAAUUCAAAAAGCUUAAGAAAUAUGCUCCGCUCGAUGAGUUUGUAGGCAAAUAACGCUUCUAACGGUAAGCAGGUCCGUUACAUUUCCCUUCGCGUUGUUUUUUUUUCGGUUGUGGUUGUGUAACGAAGGCGCGUGGAGAACGAUUUAUCUAACAGGGGAAAAAACACAAAACUCAAUUUAUAGAUGUUAUUUUGUAUGCAAACAUUAUAGUGGAACUAAUCGUGCAUGAGCAGUUCAGCUCAGAAAACAAAGGAAAUAAAGUAAUAUACACAUUUUAGCUGUGAUUAACUGCAAAAA